AUGUCAACAUUCUCCACCCAGACAGCUGCCAAUGGCAGCACUUCAAUGGCCCCCACCUUCCUGCUAGCGGGCAUGCCAGGCCUGUCAGCUGCACCCUCCUGGUGGAUGAUACCUCUCAUCUCUGUCUAUCUCCUCUCUGCCCUGGGCAAUGGGACCAUCCUCUGGAUCAUUGCCCUGGAACCUGCCCUACACCACCCAAUGUACUUUUUCCUUUUUUUGCUUAGUGUGUCUGACAUGGGCUUGGUCACAGCCCUGAUGCCCACUCUGCUGGGCUUGGCUUUUGCUGAUGCUCAUGCUGUCCCUGCCUCGGCCUGCCUCUUACAGAUGUUCUUUGUCCAUGUCUUUUCUGUCAUGGAGUCCUCUGUCUUGCUCACCAUGGCCAUCGAUCGGGCACUGGCCAUCUGUCGUCCUCUCCAUUACCCAGCACUCCUCACUAAUGGCGUCGUUAGCAAGAUCAGCCUGGCCAUUGCUUUCUGAUGUCUGGGUCUCCACCUGCCCCUGCCAUUCCUCUUGGCCCACAUGACCUACUGCCACCCACAGGUACUGACCCAUUCUUAUUGCUUGCACCCAGAUGUGGCCCAUCUGGCCUGCCCAGGAGCUUGGAGUCCAGUCUACAGCUUUGUUGUGGUCCUGUCAGUCAUGGGACUGGACCCCCUGCUUAUUUUCUUCUCCUAUGGACUGAUUGGCAGGGUGUUGCAAGGUGUGGGGUCCAGUGAGGAUCGCUGGAAGGCUAGUCAAGCCUGUGCUGCCCAUGUCUCUGCUGUGUUCCUCUUCUACAUGCCUAUGAUCCUCCUGGCACUCAUUAACCAUCUUAAGCUGCCAAUCCCUCAGCAUGCCCAUACUCUCCUUUCCUAUGUCCACUUCCUGCUUCCUCCACUGAUAAACCCUAUUUUCUAUAGUGUCAAGAUGAAGGAGAUUAGAGAGAGAAUACUCAAGAGGUUGCAGCCCAGGAAGGUGGGUUGUGUGCAGUGA